CGACGGCCGUUCAGUUCCAUCAUCGGGUCUGGCUGCAUAAUGAUUCGUCGUCAAGCGCGUGAGCGCAGAGAUUACCUUUAUCGGAGAGCUCUUCUCCUCCGCGAUGCCUCGAUUGCUGAAAAGCGGGCCAAGUUGAAGGCCUCCUUAGCUUCCGGAAAACCUCUAGACCCCUCUAUUGCAAAUGAUAAGAGCCUAAGACAAGACUUCAAGUACGAUGAGUCAUUACAGACCGACUCGAAAGCCUCCGGCUCGAAUGCCAAAGACGCCGAUCAAGUAGAUAUCGACGACGAGUACGCAGUCACUUCCGGCCUCGUCGAUCCUCGUCCACUUGUUACAACGUCGCGCAGCCCUUCCUCCCGCCUCAGCACUUUUGCUAAAGAAAUCCGCCUUCUCCUCCCUACGUCCAUCCGAUUAAAUCGAGGUACCCUCGUCCUCCCAGAUCUAGUAGCGAGCGCCAACGCCGCUGCAUUAACAGACAUGGUGCUGCUUCAUGAACAUAGAGGUACGCCGACAGCGAUUACAAUAUCACAUCUUCCUCACGGUCCUACCGCGAGUUUUUCCAUCCACAAUGUCGUUCUGCGAGCCGAUAUUCCAAAUGCUGCUCGUGGUACGGUUUCGGAGAGCUACCCACAUUUGAUAUUCGAGGGAUUCAAAACGAAACUAGGAAUGCGGGUUGUCCAGAUACUUAAACACCUGUUCCCUCCACGAGAAGCCGGGAAGGUAGGCAGCAGAGUUGUUACAUUCAAAAAUAUAGACGACAGCAUCGAGGUUCGCCACCAUGUUUUCGUGAAGACCGGGUAUCGAGACGUUGAGCUCGCUGAAGUCGGACCGCGGAUGACAAUGAGGCUAUUCGAAAUCCGUGGAGGAACCCUCGAGAAAGGAGCGGGCGGAGACGUCGAGUGGGCGCUCACCCAAUAUACCCGGACAAGCAGAAAAAAAGAUUACUUGUAAUGGUCUAUCGUAGCGGGCAGCUUUGGAGUACCGGACGGGAUGGAAAAGUAAGAUUAUGAAUGGCGCAAGGGCGAAAUAUCUAUUAUAUGUUGCUACAAGCAUAUUUUCACUGA